GGCCCCGUCUCCGCUGCCCCACAUGGAGAGCUGGGCCCACAAUGGCACAGAGGCGCAGCCCGUGGGUUCCUCCUUCACUGAGACCGACUCAGAGGGGGCCCGAGCGCCCCUGGGCCACGGGCUGGCCGGGGGCAGGAAGCCGGUGGCCCAGUGGACGGUGCCCGAGGUGUGCGCCUGGCUGAGCAGCGGGGUGUUGGGGGCGCAGGGCCCACUGGUGCAUGCGGCCUGCAGCCACGCCAUCUCGGGGAGGGCGCUGCUGAGGCUGACGGAGGGGACGCUGCAGAGGAUGGGAGUUGCGCCCGGGCGCCUGCGCUGGCAGCUACUGCAGGAGGCGCUGCAGCUGCGGAUACAGCAGGAGGUGCAGGAGCUCCUGGACAUCGCUGAUGGUGAGGGGCUCCCCUUGCGGGGGAAGGGGGGGUCCGCCCUGCAGGGAGUGGGGGUCUCGGCCCCAGCACUGACAGGAGAGGCUCCCCCUGCAGGAGAUGGAGGUCUGAGCCCCAGCACUGCUGAGAGGGGCUCCCCUGCGGGGGGCUCUGAGCCCCAGCACUGA